CCGACAACCCAUAUAAAACCAUUGCGCUUCGGAAACCACGUAAUUUACAGCUUUUCUUCAAAAAUGAGUGUCCCUGAGAAAGCUGACCUUGAAGCAAAGCUCAGAGAGCUGGAGUGUCCAUUCACAUGGGACAUAAGUAAGGCUGACAUUGCAGACCUGGAGGGCAUUACAGAGAAACUUCAGGAUCGAGUCAAGUUCUGCCCACGCAGAUACCAUGCCACAUAUCUCAACAUCUUAUCAUUUGUGAGCCAUGUUAAGGGAAAUAAUGAGGGUGCCCUUGAGUUCCUCAGUAAGGCCGAGGCCAUCCUAAAGGCAGACAAGGAGGUCCUAACAGCAUUUCUGGUGACGUAUGCUAACUUUGCCUGGGCUCACUUCCACUCUGGCAAUCUGGGUGACGUGGAGACCUACCUUGGGAAGCUGGAGGAGAUAUGCAAAGGUGUCUCUGGGGCCUUGCAAUACUCAUGCAACCUGCCUGAGGUUCAUGGUGAGAAAGCCUGGACCUUUCUGAGGCUCGGAGCAACAAAUUACAAGAGGGCGAAGGUCAGCUUCGAGAAGGCCCUUGAGGGAGAUGCUGGAAAUGUGUCCUUCAACGUGGGGUACGGGGUGGUUCUGUACAGAAUAGAGGGGCUUGUUCAAGAUGAAAGACUGAGGUCUAAGAAGAGUGAAGCCAUCCCUCAGCUGGAAAAAGCAUUACUCUUAGAUCCCGACAAUGCUGAGGUAAUGGUGCUCCUGGCCCUGAAGCUUCAAAAAAGUGAUAAAUACAAAUCCCUAAAACUGAUUGAAGGUGCCCUCAAGCUGUCCUCUGAUGUGCCCCAAGUGAUGCGAUAUGUGGCCAAGUAUUUCAGAGGGGAAGAUUCCACUGAGGCAUCCCUGGAUAUUCUGGAAAAGGCGCUGGAGCAGGCCCCUAGCUCUUCUUUCCUGCACCACCAGAUUGGCAUGUGCCACAAGCAGCAGCUCAUCAAGAUGUUGCAGAAAGGACCCGGGAGCUGUGUACCAGCAAAUCUGAAGAGGGCCAAGGCUGAGCAGUGCGUCAAGCACUUCAGCAGGGCAGUGGAGCUGAAGCCCUCCAAUAUACAUGCCCAGGUGAACCUGGCUGAGGCCUACAGCGAGAACGAGCAGCUGACUGAGGCGGAGGAGAUCUUCACCGAGCUGCUCCGGGGCGGCUCUCUGCGGGACCCGGAGAAGCAGCACGUUCAAACGUCUUACGGCCUGUUUCUGCUGUACAAGAAGAGGGCGGAGGACCGCGCUGUCGUGCAGCUCAAAGCUGCCUACCGAAUGAAGAUGCAGAACUACAACAGGAAACAAGCUGGCAGAAAGCUGGAGCAAAUUGCAGGGAGGUGGCGAAAAAACAGGCAGAGGGCUGCGGAAGCAACUGAAAUUCUGGCCUUCCUGAGGGCUGAAGACAAGCUUUCUGCUGAAACUGAUGACCUCUCUGCUGCCUUUGAGAGGGGAAUGAAGUUCAAAUAAUGACUAUAAGGAGUGGAAACAUAACAACCACUGAUUUCAUUUUAUUCAAAUGAAUUAAAUAUUAAAUGAAGCAACACUUUCAGGUGAAGAUUGCAAUGCUUGAUUUAUACUGUUCUUUUCAAAUUUAGCAUGUAAGCAACUUCAGAGGUUAAAUAUCCUAAGCAUGAGUAUGGUAACAUUAGAAUAUUAAUGUGUAAUGCAAUAGUUUAAUGACUGACAUAAUUGACACAUUUAUUGUGAUACCCUAGGAGGACAGCUUAAGACGGCACCAUACUAUAAUGGCAUGCAGAUUAAAUUGUAUGCAUUAAUUAAAAGGAAUGCAAUUGCAACAUCCAUCACUGUGUUUCUAUCUUUGUUACAGACAUUAUCCAGAAAUCAAUUGUAUUUGUUUUGCUGAAAUUACAUGACUGACAUGUCAUUUCAGACCCAUGUAAAACAACGAAAAUACAAAAUUCUAAUUUCCAAGUAAAUAAUUACCAUAAGGCAACGAUUUCUUUGCCAGCAUCCGAAACAUGACUCCCUGCUGUAAAGUACUAUGGCGAAUAUUAUUUCAGAACACAUACAAUGUAUAGCAUGGGGAGAAAGGCAGGGCAUUCCUGAACUUCUCUCAUCAAUACUCUGAGAAAGCAAAAGAGUGCUUUGAGAAGGCGCUGGCGUUGGAGCCAGAAGAGAUUAUAAAGAGUGUCAGAGAGCAGAGGAGCUGAUUGAAACGGCCAUGGGCUUGGAUCCCAACAAACCCUACGUGAUACAGUAUGUGUCAAAGUUCUAUCGGAGAAAUAAGCAAUUGGAUAAGACCUUGUCUCUUUUGAAAAGGCUGCAGGAAAUGACACCCAAUUCAGCCUUUGUGCACCAUCAACUCGCCCUGAUCUGCAUGCAUAAAAGACAGGCAUAUAUCCAGAAUGGAGGAGAAGAGGAUGAAACUCUUUACACGCUGUGCAUCCAACACCUGGAUCAGGCCCUCUCCAUUAAACCCUCUUUUGUAUAUGCCAUGUUAGAUUUAGAAGCUUGCUAUGCAGAGAAGAAGAACUUCAAGAAAGCAGAGGAGAUGUUUGAAGAAACAAUUAAAGUGGCUACUGCAAAGAAAGACAGCCUGCAUGUUGUAGAGGUCCGUUACGCAGAUUUCCAGCUCUACCACAUGAAAUCAGUGCCCUUGGCUAUUAUGCAGUACAAGGAAGGGCUUAGACUGCAGAAAGAUACAGCAGAGGGGAAAAGGUGUGCGCAAAUUGCAAAUGAAGACAUUUUGAGUAACCCGCAUGAUGGCAAAGUUUAUGGGCUUCUGGGCUAUGUUCAUGAAAUAACAGGUGAAAAUCCUCACGCAAUUAAGUGCUAUGAGAAGGCCAUUCUUCUUGACCCUGGCAACAAGGAGUAUCUCACUGCUCUGGGCAAUCUCCGCUAACCCUGGAAAUGAAAUCAACAUUUUAAAAUGCAAAGCCCAUUUAAAUGGCAUACACUGGAAAAGCUUUAGUUUGUUUUCAUUUAUUUCCUCACUAGCCACUUUUGGGCUGCAAAGUGCAAGUGCAUGAAUAUU